UUGAUAGUCGUAUUAAGGCCGGCUCUCAUUUUCGUCAUCCUGAUUAUUAAACCUGAAGCUGAUGCCACCGCCAGCCUGGUUAUGCCAACUAUUUCCCUCUGAACUCUAAUAGAUUCCUUGCCGGCUCCGCCUCCUUGUCGAUCCAUCGCAAAUCGAGUUCUGUUACCAGAUUUGAUAGGUAAGGAAGUACCCGCCGCAGCGAAGUUGUUGAUGAUUUGAUGUGGUAGGCAACACCUACAGAGUCUCCCGCGUACUGGUCGUUUCUCCAGAUAAUAACGUGCCCAAAAUCAUCUUAUCGUUAUAUGCAAUAGUUUGUAGAUCUUAUUAGAAUCGCAAUUGAAUCCUCAGGGCCUAGCUGGGAUUGGGAAGAUGACGAGUAUACUUGCCUUUGCCUGAGAGCUAUUAGGGCCUUACCAAGGGAGGGGGUUUAAUGUUGUAAUAGAAGGAACAAGAUUGCUGCCAUUGGGAAGGCGCAAGAUAGUAAUACUGGUUGAGAUUGAAGAAAAUUUAAGGUGCCAUCUUGAUUCAAAUGGUGAAAAAGCUAUAAUCAGUGAUUGUUAAUGAAAUUAAACAACUCUCAAGCAGGAGCAAAAAAGCGAGUUCAUCUUCAACCGUCUGUUCUCUUUAUGUUUGUGAUGAAGCAAUACCGCUGUAUCCACUCAGCAAUCUGUAUAUGCACUAAACGCCAUCUAAGUGAGGAUGCAAUAUUCCUUGUAUUUCAACACCUCAACUGGAAUCCUAGAUUAAUUGCAGCAAUUUCUUGUGUGUGCAAAUGGUUUGAUGAUAUUGCCAAACGAGUUCUAUGGAAGGAAUUCUGCCGAACCCGAGCUCCAAAGAUGAUGUUAGAUCUGCAAUCUAGUGGUAGUCAUAGCGUCUAUGGGAACUGGAAGGCGCUUGCUAAACUUCUAACAUAUUGUUCAGGAUGCAGCAAAAGAGGUCUGUUUAAUAGCACGUAUAUCCCAAGUCACUUUGUCCAUCAAACACGAUUUUCAAGGACAUCAGGCAAAAGCUUUCUAAUUCCACAGUGUAGAACAGAUGUCCUGUAUGUGUCAGACCCCUGCGAGCAUCUUGAUCAGGGCGAAGAUCGUGAUGUGGGCUUUUUUCGUGGUGUCUUCAAGUCAUUUUCUGUCUCAAAAGUCCGGAAAAUGUUGAUUGAUAGGGGAGCUAAACUUCAUCCAAUGGAGGUUUGUCCAUACUGUAAAGCAAAGAUGUGGAGCAUGCUACAGGCAAAGAUGGUACCAAAGAGUGCGGGCAGCAGAUUGGGUUCUUAUGAUGACUGCAUAGAGUAUUAUGUAUGCUUGAAUGGGCAUUUACUUGGCAUGUGCACUCUAUUACCCCUAUCUGAUUCUGAAGAGACAUCUGAAGUAGAGUGAUAUUUGGAAAUCCUUCUGAGUUGAUUAGCAUAAGAAACAUAUUCUUCCACUGGAUUUAUCAACAGCUUCUGCAAGCACAAGUUAUUUAUUCCAUGAUUGCUUGAGAAAAAGCCAACCCAACCCCCCUCGUGCGAUUGAAGGUGAUUUCUUGUGCUCAUUUUUUGGCUCAGAUAUUUGGAAGUUUAGUGUAAAUUUAGUGGAAUGGGAAAGUUUGGGGGAAUGGAGGAAAAGCUUGAGCAAAUUCCCAUGGUUCUAUAAACUUGGGUGUAUCCGUGAACCCAUUCCAUCAACAUUAGCGGGUUUUAAGUUGUUGCGUCCACAGAGCCUUACUAGCAACCAUGAGUUGCCUUCUUUUAGGUGCCCAAGCAGAUCAGGAUGAAAGUGCAUGUAGAAGAGUGCUUUCAAAGUUGAUGUCAAUUUGUUUGUUUUCAGGUUGCAGGACAUUAUUAGUUUUGUGAUUGUAGUUGGGGUGUUGCAAAUUUUGAUGAUAUAACGAAUCAUUCACACAACCCAUCUGAUCGUGAAAGCAAUAUUCCAUGUAUUAAUCUCAUUGUUGCAGAUCUGAUGGUUUCCAAAUUUAUGAUUCAGCUUUGUAAAGAUAAUAGCGAGCUUCAAGUGAUCUAGUAUGUCACCAAUGCAUUGAAAUAACGUCCUUAACUAUUAUUUCAUGAUAAUGUGGUAACUGACAGAUUAUCGCCA